ACAGCGCAAUGGAACGACUUAUAUCACAUGACGCUUUGCAUUUAUAAUGAUAAUUUAUUUUUAAAUUCGCGUAUUUCAAAUACCCACAAUGAGACACAAGUAGAAUAAUAAAGUGAAUUAAAAACGUGUGUUAAAUCUAUAUCCGUGGCAUUCUUUAUCCGCUUUCACUUACUCUACAUUCGAAAUUAGUGUUGAUCUACAAGGUGAUUUUCUGAGUAAGUCGCGGAUUUCAAGAUUUUUUUUUCAAAUAAAGAAUACAGAAAAAAGUUUAAAUAUGAGUUUCGCAACGGAAGAAAAUGUCGAAGAAGUGGUACGACGAGAACCUUUCUGGGUUUUCGGCUACGGUUCCCUUUGCUGGAACCCUGGCUUUGAAUACCAGAAGUCAGUCACGGGAUAUGUAAAAGGAUUUUCUAGAAGAUUUUGGCAAGGGAAUACCACGCAUAGAGGAACCGAAUCAAAGCCUGGUCGUGUUGCCACUCUUAUAGAAGAUAAGGAGGGAGUGACAUGGGGCAAAGCUUUUCUUAUAGCAGCAGAAGAUAAUGCAGCGCUUCCUUAUCUCUCAACAAGAGAAUGCCAACUCGGAGGAUAUCGGAUUUACACGGUGAAUUUCCACCCCAAACCUUCAUUUUUCACGCCUUCUAGUAGCCAUAGCCAAAACUGCACAGAUAAAAAAGACGCUCUCCUAUACAUCGCCGUACCAGAAAACAGGCACUGGCUCGGAGCCGCUCCUCUACCUGAUAUAGCAAAACAAAUACUCGAAUGCCAAGGUUCUUCAGGAUCUAACGUAGAAUAUCUUUUGAGGUUAGCUGAUUUCAUGCGAGAAGAAAUACCAGAGGCCUUAGACGAACAUUUGUUUUCGUUAGAACGAUUGGUAAAGAAGUUUGCAGCUGAUAUGAGGAUAUGCUUGAGAACUCUAAUGGGUGAAGCUGAGAAAGCAGAGGAGAACAAACCUGAACCUCAAGCUGUCGUUCCGAGCUUCCAAUUCGCAUCCAGGAUUCCAGAUAAGAAAUUACGUUGCGUCAACAUGUGAUUUGCUAAUUGCCUUGAAGGCGUGAAAAUAUUUGGAGCGUAUUGGAAUGAGAUAAGUCAAAGGUACGAUCUAACCAUGACUUAGUAAGCAUCAAUCUGCAGUUACAUUUAAUGCUAAUUUUAGUUUUAGUUAAAUUAAAUUUUGAGAAGCUUUAAAAUGCCAAAAAUAGUCAUAUUAUGACUAUAUUUGCUACAUUAUUGUUAAUCGACUAUAUUGAAUAUGAUGUCAUUGUGAUUGUGAUAGUUUUAUUUCGAUUAAAUGACGAUGAUAUCGUCUUUAAAAUAUUAACAAUACAGUGAAUAUUGAUUUAAUUGAUUUCAAAAUAAUCGGACAUGUUAUGACUUGACACAGACAGUUUGAUGACCGGUUUGAAAACAUUAGAACGGAUGCGUUCAAUUUAAGUUCUGGAUAAUUUUUAAUAAAUAUUUUUUUCGUUGGAUAUAAUAUUCUGUGACCUGCUAUUUUUUUUAUUCAAAUAUCUAUUCUAUUUGUUUGAAAGUGUCAAUAAAAUUGAUGAGUGAUUAUAAAACGUAAUUUAAUUUUAGACCAAAAAUGAACUUUAAGUAUUAUGUUAUGAAUCUUUUCAGUCUAAUAAAUAAUAGGUUUUUGUUAAUGUAAUUUGAAUGUUUUUUGUUUGUUAUUACUUUUAUUUAUUGUCUGCGCUAAAAUUGUUUUAAUAUGCCUUUAUAAGAAUUGUAUCAAAUCUGUAAUAUAUAAUUAGAUAUAAAAUGAUUAGUAUAGCUUUUAUAAGAAUUUUGUAUAUCUGUCUAUGUAAGAUUCAGCCAUGUAUAAUAU